CCGGGAGUCCAGACCUGAUUUGGGAAAGGUGUGACUGUGGAGGUUCCUUAGCCAGUGGGGCUGCCCUGGCCCCCAUCCUGGGCCAGUUUCCAGGGCUCCAGGCCAGCUGAGGCAGGGAGGGCCCCCUCCCCCAGCCUGCACACACAGAGCACCUGUGCCAGCUCACACCACCAGCAUCAGCGUUGCCCGGGCACCGAGCCUGGCGCACGCGCUUGUUGCCAUGGCAGCAGGCAGUGUGCUGGCAGGAACCCAGGCUGGGCUCUAGCAUCAAGGGCUGGCUGUCUCGACGUGCAGAGGUGGGGGUGCUUUCCCUGGUAGCCCCGGAGGGGCAUGGCUGGGGGGAGUGGGAGGGGGUCCCUCCAAAUGGCUAGGACUGCCCAAUCCCCAGCAUUCCAGGAAAGGAACAGUUUCCUGAGAGCUACAGGGUGGAUGUUAGAGGUCUGGGGGGCUUUAAGGCCCUCUCUGCUCCUGGUCCCACCUGGACACUAAGGGGGGCAGGAGGUCAAGGAUCAGCCCCAGCCUUGUCUGCUGGCGGCGUCUGAUAGCUGAGGCCACUCCCACCUUCCGGGUCCAGCUGUGGCCUGAAGGGCCCAAUCUGGCUGUGUCCAUCCGCAGAUGGCCACUCCCGGCAGUAGGGGCCAGAGGCAUGGCUCGUUGCAGGAAAUGGCGCCCUCCUCCAGUCAAAGAUAUUAAAGUUGGUGUGUCAGACAGCCUGACAUCUGUGCUCAGGCCUGGUCCCGGUUGCAGAUGCCAGCUCAGGGUGGUGAGCACACACUGGGUUCUUGCCCCCACCCCUGGGAAGGGACGGGGUCAGGUUCAGAAGUGAGCAGGGCAAGUGAAUGGGGCUCCCAGAGUGGCAAGGACCUUUUAUGUCCCAGGGCACAGGCUGGACAAGGCAGUCGUGGGCACAUUUGUGUGCCCCAAAUGGGUGGCUGUGUGGACAAGUUCUGGCAGGGGGCAUGGGGUUCUGUGGGAAGGGUGCUCCCCAUUGCCUGCGGAUGCUGCCCCAGUGUGAGAGGUGCCCCUGAAACAAACUCCCUUAGGCCACCCACAGCCUGGUCACCCUGCUGGGCAGCCCCGAGGGGGUUCUGAGGCUGGGAUCCAGAGUAGCAUCUCCAGGCUGGGGCUGACCCAGCAGGUGACUGUGGCUCACUCUGCCCAAUUCCUGCCUGUGUGUACUUACACACACACACACACACACACGGCCAGACUUGCAGGCAUCCUGCCCCACCUAUCAGCAGAUGCUGGGCCCAUCACACAGGAACCCCCACAUCAAACAUUCACAGGCAGUUAUUAGGUACCUACUGUGUGCCAGAGCCUUGCAGGGGAUCCAGAAAGGAACCAUGACCCUAGCAGGCAGCUGGGCGAGGCCCUGAGAUCCUGAAGGGGGGAGGGAGGAAGGGAGGGAGGAGGUACCAUCUGUGCAAUCCCCCUCCCUCCAAGGAAGCCUGUGCUGGAAGGGCUGCCUCUCAGAGCCCACCCCCCAGCCCCCGGGGCCUGAAACACCACCCAGUGGCUCACGCCCCUGGAUCAGUGCCGGGGAGCCCCACCCUACCCCCACUGGGGGCUGUGGGGCCCGAGAAUUGAGAGGCCACGGCACUUCUGGCUCUGCUGCUGAGAGGCUGCCUGGAGCCAGGCCUGCUUAGCGCCUGGCGGCUGGGCUUCCUCCCGCGGGGCACGUGAUGCCUGUGAGUGCCCUGCCAGCACCAGUCAGCGCUAAUGAGACCGUCGUGCUAAUCGGGUCCGGCUGGGCUCCUUCAGAAGGCUGGCUGGGAGUUGGGAGUGCAAGGAGAGAACAGUGCCCAUGCCUGGGGUGGCCACAGCCACAGCUGCCCCUCGGGCUGCCCAUACACACAGGAACUGAAGUGCGGACAGCAUCAUGGCUGGUACGCCCAAACCAGGACGUUUCCCUGGCAUCAAGCGCUGGGCAAUGCAGUCCCCUGGGAACAUGGGGGGAUUUCAUGUGGGCAUCAUCUCUGCGGAGGGGGUGCAACCCCAGAUUGCAUCUCCCUACCAUGGGGUGCCUGGCACACAGCCUAGUCAGUCAGUGUCCCGUAAACACCUGUGGGCCACAGAGGUGGACGACACUAGCCAAGACCAGUUCCUCGCUCAGUAUGCACCAUGCUGUCAUGGGGAUUUGUGUGCAGACCUAUCUCCCUGAACCCCAGUGUGAACCCCUCAAGCAAGGGGUCGGGUCUCCUGGUCUCCUGCUCAGUGUCUGCACAUGCCUGGGGAGGUCACUGCCCAGGAUUGGGAACAUGGAGGAACGACUCCAGAGCCGUGUGCCCAUCCGCCCCACCCACCUCCUGGGGCCUCCGCAUGCCCAACCUGAGGCCCCUUCAUUCUGUUGGACCCCCACAUGGCCUUGAAAGGGAUGGAGGGGUGAUGUCUGGAACAUCAAGGGCAAGACUCAGGAGGCCAAGGCUGGAAGUGCCCUGUGGCUCCCACUCCUGGUCCCCAGGGAGGCCUGAGGGUCACACGCUGUGAUGAGGAAGAAGACACCGAGGCUGGCCCGGGCCCAGGGCAGGUGGCUCUGGUUUCACUACUUGGCUCCUGGCCCCUGAGGCAGGUGCAAGAGACAGACAGGCAGGGCGAAGCUGAGCAGGCCCACCGCAGCCCCCUAAGACAGCAUCCACAGGCUCAGGGUUUGGGGAGGUACAACAGGGUGGGACCCCAGAGACUGAGCUGGGAGGUACCAGGGUCAGAGGUAGUCAGCUGUGGCUUCUCCUAGCCUGCUACCCUUAUCCUGCUGGGAAGGCUUUGCUUCUGUGUGAUAGUGGGACCCGGCCCAUUAAGGACCCCAUAAGGACCCCACAGUCAGGCCAGUCGCUCUAUGCAGUGUGAGUGGCAAUUCAGGGGUCCCCAGGGUCAUUCAUCAAGGCUGGCUUCACCAGAGCCCACCCAUGGCAGACAGAGCAACCUCAUAGGCCCUGAGAGUUGCUCAGGGUACAGGGGUCGGGUCCAAGCCUGGCCCUGUGACCCCAAGUCCAACGGCCUGCCACCUCCUCAUGCUGCCCGGGAUGACGCCUGCUCCACAUGUGUGCUCCCAGGUCACCCUCCCGCUGUGCAGCCCGCGAGGUGGGCAUGACUGUCUCCAUCACACAGCUGCCACCUCAGCCCAAACCGAGGGCCCUUCCCCCCGGGGCCCGGCAAAGCCAGGCUGUCUGGCCAGUGUGAAUCUGGCUGAGCAGCUGCCUCUUCACACCUGGCAUGGAUCUGGGUGCCAUGAGUACCAGGAUGGGGGGGUUGCCUGGCCCGCUCACUGGCACUGACAGCCCUGCCUGCCACUUUCCCAGCUACAGGCCACCCUUGGGAAGCACCAGACUCGGGGCUGCAGGCUGUGACCCAGGGGCUGCUGAGGAGGACAGUGCAAGGCUCAGCCGCAGCCGCCCGGGUAGCAGCAAGGAAUCAGAGAAGCGGUAACUGGAUCUGGCGGCCGAGGGUGGAGGGCUGCGAUCGGGUUGCGGCCACACGCAAGUUUUCCACCAGGCAGCUUUCUCUACCCCGGGAAAGAGCUGGGCUGGGCUGGCGAGCCUGUGCAGUGGGUCUGGGGGCUCGGAGGUGGGCAAGGAGAGAGGCCAAGACUGGGGGGUGGGUAUCCAGAGGGUGGGGCACAGCGCCGGAGCCAGGGCCGGGCAGCCGCCAGUGAGCACAAGGAGGUGGUCAGCCCUGCGGUGAGUGGCACUCUCCAGCCCCGCCGGCCCCGGGCUCUGGCCCCUGGGCAGUCCGGGAGUGGCUGAAAUCCAAGCUGGGGUAACGAAAGGCUGUUUCUAAGCCGGCACAGUUCUGAUCCGCCCUCCCACCCUCCCUCUGCUGCCCGCUGGCCAUGUAAGAGCUGCCUGGGCCCUCCACUGCUGGUCAGAGGCAGCAUCUGAGAGGGCAGCGGGUCCAUGACGCCAGCCGGGCCUGGGGGGCGUGGGCCAACCCAGACGAGCCGGACCUCUAGGGGACCUCAGGGGCUGUGAGCACAGAGAGAGCUUCCUGGGCCCCCGUCGGGGACCUCAGCCAGGCCCGAAGAUGCCUACCAAUGGCCUGCACCAGGUGCUGAAAAUCCAGUUUGGCCUCAUCAAUGACACUGACCGCUACCUGACGGCCGAGAGCUUUGGCUUCAAGGUCAAUGCCUCGGCACCCAGCCUCAAGCGGAAGCAGAUGUGGGUGCUGGAGCCAGACCCAGGGGAGGGCACUGCCGUGCUGUUUCGCAGCAGCCACCUGGGCCGUUACCUGUCGGCCGAGGAGGAUGGGCGUGUGGCCUGCGAGGCGGAGCAGCCGGGUCGUGACUGCCGCUUCCUGGUCCUGCCGCAGCCCGAUGGGCGCUGGGUGCUGCAGUCGGAGCCACACGGCCGCUUCUUCGGCGGCACCGAGGACCAGCUGUCCUGCUUCGCCACGGCCAUCACCCCAGCCGAGCUGUGGACAGUGCACCUGGCCAUCCACCCGCAGGCCCACCUGCUGAGUGUGAGCCGGCGGCGCUACGCACACCUAUGCCCGCAGGAAGAUGAGAUCGCAGCGGACAGCAAUACGCCGUGGGGUGUGGACGCGCUUGUCACGCUCAUCUUCCAGAACCGGCAGUACUGCCUCAAGUCCUGUGACAGCCGCUACCUGCGCAGCGACGGCCGCCUCGUCUGGGAGCCCGAGGCUCGCGCCCGCUACACGCUUGAGUUCAAGGCGGGAAAGUUGGCCUUCAAGGACUGCGAUGGCCACUACCUGGCACCCAUGGGCCCCGCGGGCACGCUCAGGGCAGGCCGCAACACACGGCCUGGCAAGGACGAGCUCUUCGACCUGGAGGAGAGUCACCCACAGGUGGUGCUGGUGGCCGCCAACCACCGCUACGUGUCCGUGCGGCAAGGGGUCAAUGUCUCAGCCAACCAAGAUGAAGAACUGGAUCACGAGACCUUCCUGAUGCAAAUUGACCAGGAGACAAAGAAGUGCACCUUCUAUUCCAGCACUGGGGGCUACUGGACCCUGGUCACCCACGGGGGCAUCCAGGCCACAGCUACACAAGUUUCUGAGAACACCAUGUUUGAGAUGGAGUGGCGGGGCCGACGGGUGGCCCUCAAGGCCAGUAACGGGCGGUAUGUGUGCAUGAAGAAGAAUGGGCAGCUGGCGGCCAUCAGCGAUUUUGUGGCAGGGGAGGACGAGGAGUUCACGCUCAAGCUUAUCAACCGGCCCAUCCUGGUCCUGCGCGGCCUGGACGGCUUUGUCUGCCACCGACGUGGCUCCAACCAGCUGGACACCAACCGCUCGGUUUACGACGUGUUCCACCUGAGCUUCAGCGACGGCGCCUACCAGAUCCGAGGCCGCAGCGGCGGGUUCUGGCACACCGGCAGCCACGGCAGCGUGUGCAGCGACGGCGAGCGCGCCGAGGACUUCCUGUUCGAGUUCCGGGAGCGCGGCCGCCUGGCCAUCCGGGCCCGGAGCGGCAAGUACCUGCGUGGCGGCGCCUCGGGACUGCUGCGCGCGGACGCGGACGCGCCGGCUGGGGUUGCGCUUUGGGAAUACUGAGCGCCGCCCGUCUGUCCCCCAUUAAACCGUGUCUGUGACCAGCG